ACUUACAAACGCGUUAAACACAAGAGAGGAAGACGUAUCAAAACAUGCUGAUAUACUGAGUUAGUUGUAAAAUAUCUUUUCUUGUUGAUUUCUCUCUAGGGUGCGCUAAACGUUUCGACUAACAAAAACGUUGGUUGUUGGACGCAUGAUUUUUGGACGUUGGUUAAAUUGUUGUAACCAAAACCUGAGCAGAUGAAUUUAAACAAAAUUGGUGUCCUGACCAACCAUGUGUUUUUGUGCAGAUAUGCAUGGAGAAAAUUAUGUGCUGGACAUGUCAUUGGUAGAAGGUACAUGACUUUUGCUCCAUGUAAACCAAUCAGAUUUUUUCAGAGUACCUCAAAAUUUGUUGUUACAAUGUUGCAAUGUCCAAGACAAAAAUUAAGAGCUGGGGUUGCAGUUCCAGUUCUGCCAGCAAGGACUUUGUCUUUGACUGCUUGCAUGUGUAAGAGCAAAAAUGACAACACAGAUAACAACAGUCUGGUAGAAGAGGAAGAUGAAAUUGAUGAGGCAGAAAUAGAGGAGCUGUUCCAGCAGCAGAUCCCCACAGGUAUCGGUGAAGAAGAACACAGGGUCUUUAUUGUGCAUCCUGAUGUGAAAUGGGGCAGCAGAAAGCAAUAUCUGACCACAGCUGCACUUCAGAUGGAGGAAGCUGUGGGUCUGGUGAACACUUUGUACAACUGGAGUGUUGUUGAUAAGAUCAUCCUCUCCACCAAGACACCAGAGAAGAAAAGAAUUUUUGGCAAGGGAAACUUCCAGGCUCUUACAGAGAAGAUCAGAGCUACUCCUGAGGUCACAGCUGUUUUUGUGAACGUGGAACGACUUUCACCUUCCUCAGAAAAAGAAUUGCAGGAAGCCUGGGGAGUAAAGGUUCUUGAUAGAUACUCACUUGUUCUGCAUAUUUUCCGCUGUAAUGCCAGAACAAAAGAGGCCAAACUGCAAAUCUCUUUGGCAGAGAUUCCUUUGCUCAGAUCACGGCUGAGAAAUGAAGUGGCUAAUUUAGACCAGCAAGGUGGCGGCUCAAGGUACAUAAUGGGCUCAGGUGAAACCCUGUUUGAAAUGCAGCAGCGAUUGUUGAAGGAGCGAGAGCUAAAGAUCCGAUCAGCCCUGGAGCGACUUAGGAGGAAGAGGCACCUUCUGCGCUCCCAGCGCAAACACAGAGACUUUCCCAUCAUCUCUGUCAUGGGCUACACUAACUGUGGUAAAACAACCCUGAUUAAAGCACUGACUGGAGAUGCUGGUCUCCAGCCUAAAGAUCAGCUCUUUGCCACCCUGGAUGUUACAGUACAUGCAGGACAGCUGCCAAGUCACAUGACUGUACUUUACGUCGACACCAUUGGCUUCUUAUCCCAGCUCCCUCACCAGCUUAUUGACUCUUUCUCUGCCACGCUGGAGGAUGUGACACAUUCUGACCUCAUUAUUCAUGUGAGAGACAUCAGUCAUCCAGAAACUGUGAACCAAAAGGUCAAUGUACUGAAUGUAUUAAAGAAUCUACAGAUUCCAGAAAAACUCUUGAACUCCAUAAUAGAGGUGCACAAUAAGAUUGACCUCAUAGAAGGAUUUGAGGUGAGUGAUCCUGAGGUUAUUCCUAUAUCAGCUCUGAAACAGCAUGGACUGGAGGUAUUAAAAGAAAAGAUUGAAGAAGCUGUGGUUAAAUAUACCGGCAAACAAAUAAUGACCCUUAAAGUGCAGCUCAACAGCCCUCAGUUAGCUUGGCUGUAUAAGGAGGCUACGGUUCAGACAGUAGAUGAUGUGGGAGACGACUGCACCGCCAAUGUCAAGGUCAUCAUUAGCCAAGCUGCAUAUGGCCGCUACAGGAAACUAUUUCAGGUCACCUAAUAACAGAUGACCCCUGUUUUACAGCCAGAGUGACAUCAUCCAAAAUAAUUCCCUCCCCCAGUGCAAUAAUGAUCUUUAAACAUUGAUUUGCUUUAUAAACAGUGUAUUUCAAAUAUCUCAAAACCAGUAUUUAAAUACAAUAAAAGUCAGACAUUGAGAAACGA